AUGGGCUGGUGUCUACUCUGUGUGUCAUGUUUGCCCAUCGCUUGGCAUGGCACGGCCAGGUUUUCCUGGGAUCCACGAAAAGUGAAGGACGUCACCUACAAUGCCAGAGUGGCUGUUUCUCCGGAAGCGCCCGUCCAGCAGGCCCCCAUUCGGAUCACAGUGCUGGGAUCAUGGUGGGCAGCCCUCUUGCUGGUCUGCACCACCAUGAUGGUCUUGGCAUCCUCAUUCACCGCCUUCAUAUUGUAUGUGCGGCCACUCCUGAAGAGGGCGGAGCUCGCAGCAUUGGCGUGUGAGACAGCGGCGCAAGAGCUCGAGAAGGCAUCCGUUGAAAUGGACAAGGCAGCUGAGGUGAUAAACACAGACAUGCCGACCACCCUGAAUGCAGUGGAGCGCGCAAGCAUCGAGUUUGAGGAGCUGGGGCGCAAUCUGAACAUGCUCAGCGGCCCCAUUAGGCGCGCGGCCGUGCCGGCACUCGCUGUGCGCACAAUGGGGUCCAGCACCGGCGACGGCAUGCGCAGAAUCGCGCAAGAUGUCACAUCCCUGACACAGGCGCUCACUCCCGCCAUGGAGGGCUGGAAGAGGCGCAUCGGGCGGAUAGCAACCAAUUUUGAGGCGGCCAACAAGGACACGAUUCAGCCGCAGCAGCAGGACGGCCAGCAGGCAAGCCUGGCUCCUCUCUGCACUUCUGAGGCGAGCAAAGCAUCGUCCCCCGGCAAGGCCAGGGAGCGCACGGGGGACGUGUCCAGCCCGCACUCUGUCUGGACGAGCUUUCCCGACGCCGUCGAGGCAGGAAAAGCGCGGCUGGGAGCUGCCAACGGCGCAGGCACGGCCGAGGCUGCGGCAGCGAGGGAGGAGAUGGUGUCUGCCGCAUCGGGCAUGAUGGCCGAGGCCAGCCGGCUUGCAUCAGACAUCGUCUCUGCAGAAGCGACCACUGCGAGCGCGCAAGGGAAGGGGAGCGGCAGGGGCGAGAAGGAGAGCGAGGGCGGCGCUUCUGAUGCGGAGCUCUUGCGGCGGAGGGAGGCGGCACAGGCCGUUUUCAAGGCCCUGUUCAAAGCGCAGGAAGCCGCUGCGGCAGCCGCUCAAGCAUCAGGUGAGCUGGAGUCAGCGCUACAGCUCGCCGAAGAGCAUGCCUGGUCUGAGACGCUGCCUGACGGCAACGGCAAGGGAGAUAAGAGUGAUGACAACGAUGGCAUGGGGUAUUCAAUGGAGGGCAGACAGGAUGAGCAGGCCGACAGGGGAACCACCAAGAUAAGGAGAGGCGGUGGCAAGUCUGUUGAAGCUGGCGAGAGCAAGGCCAAAUCAAGGAGUGGCUACAGGUGGUAA